CUAAAAAGACAGGAAUGUGUUUAAACGGCUGUAAGACUGGCUACAUCGGAGCGUUUUGUCCUCAAGACGUUGGAAAAACAAAUGAAAGACAGACAUCAUUUUCGGCAGCACUUGGAGGGGGUCUCGGUGGUUGCAGUGCGUUGCUUAUAAUCAUUAUUAUCGUUGGAAUGUUUUGGUUUCGUAACAGGCGAAGAGCACACACAGAACUGGAUACUUUAGAAAACAAUGAUUCACUUCAUGAUGCACGAAGGGAUUAUGACACAGUCGACACUAAUCUUCCUGAGGUUGAACACAACGAUCUUAGGCGAAGGUCGAUCACGGAACACAAUUAUUUACAGAACAAUGAUAUAGUUCAAGAUGCUCGAAGAGAUUAUGACACAGUGGAUAUUAAUCUUCGUGAGGUUGAACUAAACGAUCUGAGGUAUGAGAUUCUUGAAGUAAAUGAGGUUGACACGAUGGAUCAAACAGCUGAUUAUUCGACCAUCCCUGAUCAAGAGAAUUACAUCAUUACAUACGAAAAUGUUAUUGGUGGACUCUAGUCAUUCAUUUUCACCCCGUAGACUAACAUCAGAGGACAGCGCUUCCAAAGCGGAUAGCAAUUCGCAUCAGUCCAAAGUAAAAAAGAUGCCAAUAAAACAGUUUAUUGCAGCAAAUUUAGUGUUAAUAUAAUUUGUUCAAUUAAUAUAUUAUUGUAAUUGUAAUACUUCAACAAAAUUACAAAAUGUUGACGAAAAAAUGAACAUAAAUCUUGUUUCAGUUAUAAAGUGUUCAAAUUAUAAAACAAACUCAAACGGUUUUCAAAUGUUAUUUUUUAUUCUGAGUCUUAAUGAAAACAGACCUAUUAAAGUAUAAUAUAUGUUGCAUUUGUCUUAACUUCCCAUUUUUCAUUUAAUACAAAAGACACAUCUUUUAGUUUAAUUCAUUGUUUCAUGUUUGUUUUAGAAAUGUUGUUACAAACAUUUAGAGUACAUGUACACAUGAAACAAGUACCACAUAUUGUUUUUUCCAUAUUCCGUUUCUCCUUUUACGUUAUUCUUUUAUAUGCAUUUAUUUAUUAUUAUUGUAUAUUUUUCUGUUUGUUUUAUAACUAUUUCAGGCUUAUUUAGUUCUAUACGUAUAUAUAUAUAACAUGAAAUAACCCUCGUGUGGAAAUAAAGAGAAUAUAUAUGUAUGUUUUAGAAAUGUUGUUACAAACAUUUAGAGCACUUGUACACAUGACACAAGUACCACCUUUUCUUUCCACUGUAGUUUGUUUGCUGUAAAUACAUAUAUUCAAACCCAGAGGUUAUAUUGCCAUUAUUAUUGUAUUGUAUCCGUAACAAAUUUCACACGCCGAAUAACCAAAAUACAUGACUAUAUUGAAGUUUUAUAUGACUAAUAAACAUUAAGAGGGGAAGACUAAUAGAGAAGAUUAUUAACCGCCUACAUCAAUCAACUCGAUCGUCGGAUUUUAGCGAUUGAUCAGGAGCUGACUUUGUUUUAAAUGAAAGAAAAUACAAGCUGAGAAAAUUAACUAUAAAUAGUUCCUUGACUCGUAUGGGUGUUAUAUAAACAAAUAGGUCAGUGUUUUCGACUUAAUAUAGCUAUUAUUCAUGGCGUAACGGAUGUACAAUUCGGAAUAUACUAUAAGAUUACAAUUAAAAUAACUCAAUAACAAUAUUUUCAUCUACAUAUUUGUAUUUACGAUAUACUACGUUUCAGACCUACAUUUGAACGCAAGCUGUAUGGUCUUUUCUUUCAAAUAAAAUAUGAUUGUAUAUAGUAUCUUCCCUUUAUAUUAGUAUGUGUUAAGUAACGCAGGAGCUAGUUUUAUAACAGGCUAUUUUGAGUAAGCGGAUAAGGCUUGAUGUCAUGCAAUCGUUAGUUGCAACCUCAUUGAGUGAAUUAAAUGCUUGUAUUCCACCUUUCAGACUGAUCCCCAACAUAUAUUCAAAUAUUGUAUAAUGUUUACCUUUAUGAUUAUGUCAGUGUUAUGUUAAUACGUUUUAUGUCUCUAGUUUAGUGUAUGUUUGGCAUUAACCUUGUGUUAUUUGAAUUUUAGCCAGUUUUAAAUUUGAAAACACGAAUGACAAUAAUUCACUCGACAUUUGUCCAUCACUGACGUUCCUAUUAUUUAAAAAUAGAAGUAACGACUAAGGUUUUGAAUAAAAUUGACCGCUAGCUUUGCAUCACAACUGGUAAAAAAACUUUUCGUAUAUGUUUGUAAUUGAUAUAUUAAAAUCAUAAUAAAAUGUAACACUAGGAGUAUGUAAUUUUUCGAUUAAAAUAUUGCAUAACGUAGUAGUGUACAUGAUGUAAAGAUGACUCAUUGUUUAAGCUAUAACUGAUAAUUGGUAUGACGUGAAUAUCAGCUUUGAUUUUCAUUGCAUGUACUUAUUUUAACUUAAUUUGAUGUCUGACAAUGUAAUAUUAGAAGUAGUUACAUCUAAAUGUUCACCAGUUACUUUACCGUGGCCAAUA